AUGGGAUGUAUAAAAUCAAAAAGGAAAGAGAAUCUGCAUGGAGAUGGGCUAGAUUUGAAGAAUCAACCAGCAAAUCCAGAAGCACAGCUCUUACCAGGACAGAGGUUUGUCAGCGAAGACACAGAGGAGCAUGGAGUCAUUGUGGUAGCUUUGUAUCCCUAUGAUGGCAUUCAUGAAGAUGACUUGUCCUUCAAAAAAGGAGAAAAAUUGAAAGUUAUUGAGGAGCUGGGAGAAUGGUGGAGAGCAAAAUCUCUCACAACAAGGAAGGAAGGCUUCAUUCCCAGCAACUACGUAGCAAAAGUAAACACCUUGGAAACAGAAGAAUGGUUCUUCAAAGACAUAACCCGAAAAGAUGCCGAAAGACAACUCCUGGCUCCUGGAAAUAGCCCUGGAGCUUUCCUUAUCAGGGAAAGUGAAACAUUAAAAGGCAGCUAUUCUCUCUCCAUAAGAGACUAUGAUCCACAGCAUGGCGAUGUUAUUAAGCACUACAAAAUUAGGAGUCUAGACAAUGGAGGAUUUUACAUCUCUCCAAGAAUAACUUUUCCCAACAUCAAUGAUAUGAUCAAACAUUAUCAAAAGCAAUCAGAUGGCUUAUGCAGAAAGUUGGAAAAAGCUUGUAUUAGUCCCAAGCCUCAAAAACCAUGGGAUAAAGAUGCAUGGGAAAUUCCACGGGAAUCAAUUAAAUUAGUGAAGAAACUUGGAGCUGGUCAGUUUGGAGAAGUCUGGAUGGGUACGUUUAUUCCUUUGGAAAAUGCGUUUAAAUCUGCUGAAAGAAAUGUCAUUUCAGGGUCAUUCAGAAUAAUAGUGGACAUGAACCUGGUCCAAUAUACUUGUAAAACAGCACAGUCAGGCUCAGAAUAUACCUUCUUGUGA